UUGAAGGUGCGGAAGUGCUCGAGUCCAUCCCUAAAUUCUUAAACCUUAGUUUCCUCAUCUCAUUUCUCUCCACCUUUCAGAAAAACUCAAGCAUACCCCAAAUGAAAGCAUAAAAACCAGUCUAAUUUCAUCCUAUACACAGCCAAUCUCAAAAUCCCCAUAAACAUAGAUAUCCAUUAAACUUCACUCAGUCAUUCAAUUUGACUAAUAAAUGGCGUGCAGAGUUCAACACUCCAUUCAUAACAGUUUAUAUUUCUUAUCUUCAACCCCUUUGCGCAAUUCUUUUAAUAUUAGAAAGUCUGAUUUCAAGAAUGGAAUUAACUUUGGCAAAACUUUGUUUUCAUCUCCUUCUUCUUCAAGAACUGCACUUUACUGCACUUGUAGCAGCAGCAGUAGUAAUGGUAAAGAUAGUUUCUCUCCAAAUGGGAGUGAUGCAUUUGUACUCACAACUCCACUUUAUUACGUUAAUGCCCCUCCUCAUAUGGGCAGUGCUUAUACCACCAUUGCUGCUGAUGCCAUUGCCCGUUUUCAGAGGCUACUUGAGAAGAAAGUUAUAUUCAUCACUGGCACAGAUGAACACGGAGAGAAGAUUGCUACUGCAGCUGCAGCUAAUGGUUCCAGUCCAAGUGGACACUGUGACGUUGUAUCACAAGCUUAUAAAGCUCUCUGGAAAGAUUUUGACAUAAGUUAUGACAAGUUUAUCAGAACAACUGAUCCAAAACAUGAAGCUGUUGUGAAGGAAUUUUACUCUCGGGUUCUUGCCAAUGGCGACAUAUACAGGGCUGAUUAUGAGGGACUUUAUUGUGUCAAUUGUGAGGAGUACAAGGACGAGAAGGAUUUGCUGGAUAAUAACUGUUGUCCUACGCACUUAAAGCCAUGUGUGAGAAGAAAAGAAGAUAAUUACUUCUUUGCUUUGUCAAAGUAUCAACAACAGCUGGAAGAAAUUUUAAGGCAAAACCCUGGUUUCGUGCAGCCCUCUUAUCGUCUAAAUGAGGUCCAAGGUUGGAUUAAAAGCGGCCUGAAAGAUUUCUCUAUUUCUCGAGCAUCAGUAGAUUGGGGUAUCGCUGUUCCUAAUGAUCCUGAGCAGACUAUAUAUGUGUGGUUUGAUGCUUUAUUGGGUUAUGUAUCUGCACUUUUGGAGGAUAACGAGCUAGCUAGUUUAGAAACUGCAAUUUCAUCUGGAUGGCCUGCCUCACUCCACUUAAUUGGCAAGGACAUAUUGCGAUUUCAUGCUGUUUAUUGGCCAGCUAUGUUAUUGUCAGCAGGAAUUGGCCUCCCUAAGAGGGUAUUUGGCCACGGAUUCUUGACCAAGGAUGGCAUGAAGAUGGGUAAGUCACUUGGAAAUACGCUUGAGCCAACGGACUUGGUUCAGAGGUUUGGACCUGAUGCAGUGAGGUACUUUUUCCUCAGGGAAGUUGAAUUUGGUAAUGAUGGUGACUACUCAGAGGAACGGUUCAUCAACAUCAUAAACGCACAUUUAGCUAAUACAAUUGGUAAUCUUCUAAACCGCACACUUGGACUUCUGAAAAAGAACUGCCAAUCAACUCUGGCGGUUGAUUCAUAUGUUGCGGCAGAAGGAAACAAAUUCAAGGUUGCGGUGGAAAAACUGGUAGAGAAGGCACGUGUGCAUUAUGAAAAAUUGGAGUUAUCAGCAGCUUGUGAGACUGUGCUGGAGAUUGGUAAUGCUGGAAAUUCAUACAUUGAUGAGCAAGCACCGUGGUCUCUUUUCAAGAAAGGGGAGACAGCCUUUGAAACUGCGGCAAAGGAUCUUGUAAUUAUACUGGAAGCAAUGAGAAUUAUAGCAGUCGCGCUAUCCCCGAUUACACCAGGCUUAAGCUUGAAGAUAUAUUCACAACUUGGCUACACUGAGGACCAAUUCAAUGCUGUUACCUGGAGUGAGACCAAAUGGGGCGGGCUGAAAGCUGGUCAGGUAAUGGCACAGCCGACGCCAAUUUUUGCCAGAAUAGAAGAUGGAACUGAAGCAGAGACCAAAGGUGCAGCAACAAAGAAAGUUAAAAAAGAGAAGGUGCCAAAAAGUAAGAGUCCUGUGGAAGCUUAGAACUCUUUUUCAUUGUAGUCCUUCUAAUGCCUUUUUACUUCCUCUUUGAAAUGUAAAACAUAGAUUCAUUUACAUAAAUAUUUUUUUAUGAAGAAUAUAUUCAUUUACACAAAUAUAGUUUGUGUGAUACUGCUA